CACAACAACAAGGGGCUCAUAUAUUGAACGAGAGAAACGCAACUCGUUGGCCGCGCUCCGCGUCCGUCCGCCACAUCAAUGGCUUUUUCAUUCGCCUUCUCGGGCGACGACAUAGACGCCGCAACGCAACGCGAGUUGGAACUGACCUCGCCACCUGCCACCACCACCACCACCACCAGCGCGUUCCCCGUCGCAGGCAAGCCGCAGCUCCCGCCCACAAACCAUCCCCUCGCAGACCUCCUCGCCAGGCUGCCCUCCAAGAUCGCCUACGACUUCGUGGACCUGACUCUCGACGAUGGCUCUCCUCUGCGCAUCCCGCGCCGCGAACUCUGGGACGUCCGCGUCCAGCUCAUGGCUGAGGACGGCGACGACGACGAUGGCCGCGCCGCCGAGGGCCUUGGUGAGCACGACGUCAAGACGGGCGUCUAUGAGGGCGGCUUCAAGAGCUGGGAGAGCAGCGUCGACCUCGUUAAAGUGCUUGCCUCCCAGAGCCAUCCCUCCACGCUACAACAACGCAGCCCCGUACGGUCUAUCGAGCUUGGCUGCGGCACGGCAUUGCCAUCAUUGGCCCUGUUCCAAUGGGCCCUGGCUCUAGAUGCCACUCCUCCCCCCCAGCCCUUCACCUUCAUCCUGGCCGACUAUAACCCUUCUGUCCUCCAACUCGUCACGAUGCCCAAUUUCCUCCUUGCCUGGGCCCUUCACCACCACCAUCGGCACCACCACCGGCAUCCUGCACUGCACGAUGCCUUCUCCGCCGACGGCGAGCUCGAAAUCACCCCAGAGCUGCUCCAGGCCUUUCAGGAAAGCUUGCGAGAGCGCAACAUGACCCUCGCGUUCCUCUCCGGUGGCUGGUCCCAAGGUUUCGUCGAGUUGCUCUAUGGCCUCCCCGACAGCUCCGCCCAGGAUCGGUCUCCUGCGCCUGGUGUGACUCUGUUACUCGGGGCGGAAACCAUCUACUCCCCCUUUGCCCUCGAGGCUUUCAACGAGACUAUGUUCGCAAUCCUACGCCGUGAACAGGCGGUUUCCGCGGUGCACGCCACUGCUUUCGUGGCUGCCAAGAGGCUCUAUUUCGGCGUCGGCGGGUCUCUUGACGACUUUGUCGACAAGGCCCGCGCAAAGGGCGCCACCGUCGUCAAGCUCAGGGAAGAGGUCGACGGAGUUGCUCGUGGUGUUGUCCGCUGCGAAUUACCUACAGUUGCGUCCGACCAGCACAUGACCGAUGGCUAGCACCACACAAUAUAGAAACAACUCAAGCCAGUAUAAUGCCCAAAGGCGGGCCACGAUCUGCGCCUCACAACUGGAGAGCCAAGCGCGAUGCUCGCACGUGGAGUACCAUUAACUACUGGCCCCGGAGCACCUUUGGGUAUGUCAUGUUUUUCUAAAGCAGUCGAAACGCCAGAGGCAUGCCAGCCUCGAAUCCUCCAACGCCAACCUCAUUCCAUCAUCAUCAUACGGCCUGAUGUCGUUUGCCUCCUCACCUACUUGCUCUUCUUCUGAAACUUCUCCGUGCACACCGGACAGUACCAGGUCCCGUUAGGCUCGCUCUUCAGGCCGACGCACGACCAAUGAAACCACUCAUAUGGGCAAUUGUCGUUGUCGCAGGCCACCAUAUCUCCGUAGCUCACGUUAUGGCAAAGGCAGUAGGUCUUCUCAUCACCGCCUUCCUCGUCCUCGUCUUCCGCAUCUCCCACAGCCUCGUCGCCAUCGGCGUCUUUGCCGUCGGCCGCGGGCGUGCCAGGAGAACGGCCGUCUGCGCCCUCGUCUUCUUCGCCCGCGCUCAAGCUCUCCGCUUCCGACAGGUCACUAUCCGCCGUCGAAGCAGGUGAGUUUCGCGCCGAAGCCUUCUUCACUCGGGACAGCGACGACUUGUUGGGGGCCUUCUUACGUGCCGUGGCAGUCGGUGUGCCUCGCCGGCUUCCGGCGGCGGAGCCUGCCUUGACCGAGCCUGCGCGUGGACCAGCACUACCCGCCCUAACCGCAGCCCCAGCGCCAGCACCCGGACCAGCCUUGGGAAC